AAUUUCACCAGUCUUAUAAAUUAACUCACUUACAAACUCCAGAACUUUAAAGUUAUGCAUGGGCGGCAAAUGCUAUCUCACUACACAUCUCUGCACAUUAACACGACACCGUUUCAUCUCCACAAACACAGUCCAAACUCACAAUGAAUUCACAAACCUCUGCUCUAAAGGACUCACAAAACAAGCCUUUGACACCUUCAAAUCCUUAAUAUGGACCGACCCGUCUCUAUUUUCUCACCUAAUUCAAUCAUGCAUACCCAAAAAAUCACUCCCCAUUGCCAAACAGUUGCACUGCUUAACAGUUAUUUCUGGGUGUUUUCACAAGGAAAAAUUCGUGAGAAAUCAUUUGUUGAACAUGUACUCAAAAAUUGGAGAGUUUGACACCGCUUUAAUGUUGUUUAAGUCCAUGCCGAAGAGAAAUAUUAUGUCUUGUAACAUUAUGAUCAAUGGGUUUAUGCAGAGUGGAGAUUUGGAUAGUGCAGUGAAGGUGUUUGAUGAAAUGUCUGAGAGAAAUGUUGCGACGUGGAAUGCUGUGGUUUCUGGGUUGAUUCAGUUUGAGGUUAAUGAGGAGGGAUUGGGUUUGUUUAAGGAGAUGUAUGAGUUGGGUUUUUUUCCUGAUGAGUUUACUUUAGGUAGCGUUCUUCGCGGUUGUGCGGGUUUGAAGGGAGUUUAUGCUGGGAGGCAAGUUCAUGGCUAUGUUGUAAAAUGUGGGUUUGAGUUUAAUUUGGUUGUUGCGAGUUCGUUGGCGCAUAUGUAUAUGAAGAAUGGGAGGUUGAGUGAAGGGGAGAUUGUUAUUGAGUCUAUGCCGAGUAGGAAUAAUGUGGCUUGGAAUACUUUGAUUGCUGGUAAAGCUCAAAAUGGGUACCCUGAGGAAGUAUUGGAUCAGUAUAAUUUGAUGAGAAUUAUGGGUUUUAGACCUGAUAAAGUUACUUUUGCGAGUGUGGUUAGUUCCUGUUCUGAAUUGACAACUAUCGGUCAAGGUCAGCAGAUUCAUACGGAAGUUAUUAAAGCUGGUGCUCAUUCGGUUCCUGCGGUGAUGAGUUCGUUGAUUAGCAUGUAUUCAAGAUGUGGAUGUUUGGAGGAUUCGGUGAAAAUUUUCUUGGAAUGUAAAUAUGCUGAUGUUAUAUUGUGGAGCUCUAUGAUUUCUGCGUAUGGAUUUCAUGGACAGGGAGAAGAAGCUAUCAAGUUGUUUCAUGAGAUGGAGCAAGAGAAUAUAGAAGCGAAUGAUGUUACUUUCUUGAGCUUGCUUUAUGCUUGUAGUCAUUGUGGAUUGAAGGACAAAGGUAUGGAAUUUUUUGAGUUGAUGGUAAAUAAGUACGCGGUGAAGCCUAGAUUAGAACAUUAUACUUGUUUGGUUGACCUACUUGGUAGGUCAGGGUGUCUGGAUGAAGCAGAGGCCAGAAUAAGAUCCAUGCCUGUAAAGCCAGAUGCUGUUAUUUGGAAAACUUUGUUAUCAGCAUGUAAAGUUCAUAAGAACGCGGACAUGGCAAGAAGGGCUGCUGAAGAAGUUUUAAAACUUGAUCCUCAGGAUUCAGCUUCGUAUGUGCUUCUGGCUAAUAUCCAUGCAUCUGCCAAGAGUUGGCAGGUUGUCUCAGAGGUAAGGAAAACCAUGAGAGACAGGAAUGUGAAGAAGGAGCCAGGUGUAAGCUGGUUGGAAGUGAAGAAUCAGGUUCAUCAAUUCUGCGUCGCUGACAAAUCACAUCCAAAUUUAGAUGCAAUCAAUUUGUACUUGAAGGAGCUGAUGGAAGAGAUGAAAUUGCAUGGUUAUGUGCCUGACAUUGGCUCUGUUUUGCAUGAUAUGGAUAAUGAAGAGAAAGAAAAUGAUUUGGUUCAUCACAGUGAGAAGUUGGCUAUUGCUUUCGCUCUGAUGAACACUCCUCCAUGUGCACCAAUAAGAAUAAUGAAGAAUUUGCGUGUCUGCAGUGAUUGUCAUGUAGCCAUCAAAUACAUAUCUGAGAUUAGAAACCGGGAGAUCAUAGUCCGGGAUACUAGCAGAUUUCACCAUUUCAAAAGCGGCAAAUGUUCUUGCGGAGAUUACUGAGGCAAAUUGGCCAGCAUAUAUUGAAUAAACCUCAUUUCUGAGUUAUUGUUUCCAAGACAUGCGCUUAUUAUCAUUUUACGCAGUUGGUUCUCCAAGUAGCGAGGCUCAGUAGAUUUUUCUUCUGAUUCCCAAAACUGUGUAACAGAUUCAGACUCAGCAAUGCUUUUGCAGCAUCUCGCCUACACAAUCAAAGGAAGUAAUGUCAAUAUUCUAUUUUAUGAUAGAAAAGAAAUUUAUUAGGAAACGGAAACUGAAACAACAAAAUCAAACAACGUUGAAACAGAAUAUGAUGAAACUGUAGUUUUUACAAUAAUAUAUUAUGAAUAUUAAGCUGAUGAUUUUCAGAAGUGUUUCUGAAAAUGGGAAUGAAACGUCAAAAUAUAGGAUUCAAUAGUUUUCCUGCAAGUCUACUACCAAUUGAACGUAGCUCGAUUGGUACAUAGUUCGAUUUCUGAGUUGAAUAAACUACUUAAUAAUGAGUAAUUAGUACCCACCUUUAUGAUAAGUGUAUGUAGGCUAGGUAAGAGUUCAUUCAAGUCGAAGAGAGCUGAGACAUAGUUCUUAUCUUUAAAGCAAAAAUCAUGAACUUGAAGGGCUCUUAGAUGACCUUUACAAGAUAAUAGAACUUGAAUUAAUCCUGUGACUGCAAUCGACCACUAGAAGCAACAACAAUAAGUCGGUUCAGUAGCUGUUUUAAAAUUAUUGCAAUAGUAUAUAAAGACAACGUAAAAGUUACGGUUGUCGGCUUCAGUUUCAGUUUUAUAAAUUUAUUAAACUGUUGCUCUAAUAGUGAAAUAUAUAUUGCAGCAGGAUAUUUACAUUAGAUUUAAAACCAUUGUAAUAGAUCUAAAGUAACAAUAUUAGCACAUUCAACAACGGUUUUCCACUGUUGUAAAUUAAAGAACACGAAGAAAAAGGUUGUGUGCAUUUUACAUACCUUUCUAGUUUUCCAUCGAAAGUGAAGCUCCUCGAGUGCAGAUGGCAAUUCAGGUAUUGUAAAUUUGAUAUUGUCAGUCUGAAGCCUAUAACAUUUACCGAACUUGAAUUCGGGUUUAUAUAGAUCGAUCGACAACACUGAGAGCAGUGGAUUACUAUUGAAAGAAAUGGAAUUUACUUCCCCACCAAAGCUAAAGAACUUAAGCUUAGGGACAUUCAUAUUCAAAACCCCAACAAAACUCACAGAUUUUACUAUAAUAUUCUCAAGUAAUAGGCAAUUAGAGAUCACACUCUCAAAAAUAAGCCUUGUAGUUGACAAUUUUCUUAGUUCAAGUGUAACUAAAUUCUUAAAUCCCUUAUAUGAGCAAGGCAGCUUGGUCAGUGUAAACAGAUGACUCAGAUUUAAAUGCCUAAGCUGUUGACAGGAAAAUAAAUUAUCAGGAAGCUUAAUGGUUUUGUUACUAUCUUUUGUGCAUACCAAACUCAAAUCCUGAAUUGAGUUUUUUAUUAGUAUGUAUAACCAUGCCUGUAAUGUCAUAGUCAGGUCGAUACGAUUUAUAACAAUCACAAAUUUUUGAAUUGUUCCGAUAUGUUGAUUGAGAAUGCAAUUGACCAUA